UGACCUCUUCAUGGCCCGCCCCCUUGUUCCCUACUUCCUGGUUGUGUGUUUACGGAACCAUGCGCUCUGUAGUGGGGUUAGUUUGUGUCAUUUUACUUUCUACAUUAUAUCUGUAUUAUCUGUCCUUUUAUCUGCCCCCUGUACCACGGGCCAUGAAACACAGCCGUGUGGGAGCGAGCAGUGACCAGCAGGACAUGGACAUGAUCAGGUUGAAGUUCCCAUCAGAUCUGCAGGAAUUAAACCAAAUGGCUGAGUUGUUACGGUUGUAUAAGAAGGAACACAGUGGCUUUGUCCUGCUCUUGUUCUCCAGUGCUUAUCUGUACAAACAGGCGUUCGCCAUCCCAGGGUCAUCACUACUGAACAUCCUGGCAGGGGCGCUGUUUGGACCCUGGUUGGGUCUUGUUCUGUGCUCUGUUCUCACCACUGUUGGAGCCUCAAUGUGUUUCCUGCUCUCUCACUUCUUCGGCAAGCAGCACAUUGUCCGCAUAUUCCCUGAAAGAGUCGCUCAGCUGCAGAGAAAGGUGGAGGAGAACCAGAGCAGUUUGUUCUUCUUCCUAUUGUUCCUGCGUUUGUUCCCCGUUAGUCCAAACUGGUUCCUCAACAUGAGUUCUCCGAUCAUCAACAUCCCCCUCACUCACUUCUCACUCUCCGUUCUCAUCGGUCUGAUACCAUAUAACCUGGUGUGUGUACAGACGGGCGUGGUCCUGUCUGAUCUGUCAUCUCUGGAUGACGUGUUGUCAUGGAACGUGGUGCUGAAGCUGCUGCUCAUUGCAUGUGUGGCCCUGCUGCCAGCCGCAUUAAUCCGUCGUUAUAGAAACACAUACACACUCCCAGAGCACAAAGAUCAAUGAUGAUCCACACAGAAACACAGUUUUCACUAUAACUGUGUGUGUGUGUGUUUAUAGGAGAUACUGUAUUACAUUAUGUAUUUAGAUAGGUAUAAUUCUGUUAUUUUGUGUUCUGUGUGUUUAUAUAUAGAUGGUAUAUUUUAUUUUGUGAUUUUUUUUUAUUUCUUUUAAAUGUGAUCGCCUCCUGAUAAAAGGACCAAUAGAGACAUUCAAAAUCAAUAAAAUCCUGUUCAUCAGUUGAAUGACAAGCAAAUGUUCAGUUUGUUUACAAAAUUCUACAUUAAAAUAUCUUUGUUGUGAAGGUAAUAAA